UCUCACAGUGACAGAUGGAUAAUUUCUAAAACACCAAAAUUGUUCCACAAAGAUUGAGAGGAAACACUGGAGCCGAUCAAACCGGGAGUAGGAUGUUACUAGCAUCCGCCGUAGUGGUAUGGGAAUGGCUGAACGAGCACGGACGCUGGCGGCCCUACAGCCCCGCUGUCUGUCAUCACAUCGAGGCAGUCAUCCGGAGCGACCCGCGGAGUGGUAGUCUUGUCCUCGGCCAGGUGGACUCUCGCCUCUCGCCGUACAUCAUCGAUUUGCAUUCCAUGCACCAGUUCCGACAAGACACAGGUACCCUUCGACCGGUACGACGCAGUUUCUACGACCCCACAUCAGCACCAGGCCAGGGUUGGUUGUGGGAGUGGGAGAACGACGCUGGCAGUUGGACAGCGUACGACACGGAGGUGGGCAUCGCCAUCCAGGCAGCACGUGAUCGUCAGCAGCCCUGGCUGGACCUGGCACCACUGGGUUUCUGCUACCUCAUUGACUUUGAAAGCAUGACCCAAAUCAAUGGGCAGACGCAGCGCUGCCGACGCAUCCAGCGCCGGUCUGACCUCGCUUACCCGCUGGUGUCUGGGCCCCUACCCAAGUCCCAUCACGCCUGGGGUCCCACGUCCAUGCCUGCACAUGGAGGACUACUAGGCGUUGAUGUAUCCGGAGUAGGCAUGGGGCUCAGGAUGAGCAGCAGCGGGACUGGAAAUGGGAGCGCGUACCCCAGCGGGGCGCUCCCCGCUUCGGCCAUCACCUCCUUGGGACAACCGUGUGCUUGCCAGCAGUGUAUGUUGGUGCUAAGUGUCAAAGCAGGCACCAUGUCGACUGCUCACACGCUGGGCCGGAGACCGCUGCAGACCAAGCCACCUAGUCCCAAACUAAGCAGUCACCCCAUCCCAGGAGGGUCUUACUCACUAACCCUCCCUCGACCUCCAACCCUAUCGAGGUCACUUUCACCCCACAGGACGUCCAUAGUCGGGGCGACAGGUGGCCUCAGUAUGGGUGGAAUGGGAGGUGGAGGAGGUUUGGGUGCCAGUGGUAUCGGCGGUCCCAACUUUGGCUUUGGAGGAGGCUUCACCCACUCGCUUUCCCUUCUUGGCUCAGCCACUGCCGCCCUCUCCAUUUCCUCCAAUCGCCCCCCGCCACCUCCCCUCCCGCCUCCUCCUCCGCCUCCCCCUCCCCUCUCCGCCGCACCCUCAUCGGUCACCACCUCCCCGCCUCACCCCUCCACCUCUUCCUCCCUGUCCACUUCCUGUUCCGCCCUCACGGCACCCGCCCCGGGCCCACCUCUCAUCUCCACAGCUGCCUCCACGUGCACACCCUCGCCUUCUGCCCGCGUCCUGGGUCCAGUGUCUUCAUCCGGUGCUGCUGCCUGCACAGCCCCUCUGCCGCCGCGGUCAAGCCUCGCAGGGCUGAGCCGUCCUGCACUGCAGCGCAUCGCCAUGGCUCAGUCACGUGCCCUUAUCGCCUCUGGAGUGCCAACAGUUCCAGUGAAGAACCUGAAUGGAUCGAGCCCUGUACACCCUGCACUGGCAGGCAUUACAGGCAUCCUGAUGAGCGCAGCAGGACUUCCUGUCUGCCUGACCCGCCCUCCCAAGCUGGUGCUUCAUCCUCCACCUGUUAGCAAGAGUGACAUCAAACCUGUUCCCGGACUAGGCCACUGCUGUCGCAAGACCACAAAGAAGCAGGCCCGCAAAGGCAAGACCCCCGAGGAAGUGGUGAAGCGCUACCUUCAGAAAGUCCGCAAUCCUCCAGAAGAGGACUGCACCAUCUGCAUGGAGGCCCUGGCUGGACCAUCAGGCUACAAGGGCCCCGGCGUGGGCGGCAUCUCCCGGGCUGAGUCGGUGGGCCGCUUGGCACAGUGUGGUCACCAGUACCACCUCCAGUGCCUCGUCGCUAUGUACAACAACGGCAACAAGGACGGCAGCCUGCAGUGUCCCACCUGCAAGACCAUCUACGGGGUCAAGACAGGCAACCAGCCGCCCGGCAAGAUGGAGUACCACGUCAUCCCCCACUCACUGCCCGGCCAUCCCGACUGCAAAACCAUCCGCAUCAUAUACAACAUCCCUCCUGGCAUCCAGGGCCCAGAGCACCCAAAUCCAGGCAAACCCUUCACUGCACGAGGGUUCCCCAGACACUGCUACCUCCCAGACAGUGAGAAGGGGCGCAAGGUUCUGAGGCUGCUCCUCGUAGCGUGGGAUCGCAGACUCAUUUUCUCCGUGGGUACCUCCAGCACCACCGGCGAGUCCGACACAGUGAUCUGGAACGAAGUGCACCACAAGACUGAGUUUGGCUCCAACCUUACGGGCCACGGGUAUCCCGACCCGGGCCACUUGGACAAUGUUCUGGAGGAGCUGAAAGCUCAGGGCAUCACUGAGGAGGAGUGUCUACCCAGAGACUGAACUCCGAGAAAACCAGUCUACAAACAAGCUGGAAUUAUUUUCUGAUUCUGAUGGCAUGAACUGAGGUAACACUUGCACCAGAGAUGGAAAACAGCUUAGAAACAAGAAACUUUUACAUAAAUAGUUUCAACAGAAUUUCUUCUCUGACUGCAUGAGUCAGUUUCGAUAUGUGGGAAAUCAUUUUCUUUCUUGAUGCAGUAACAGUGUUGGGGUUGCAGAUGUUAUUCAGUGAGAACACUGUGCACAUACAAGUCAUUGUAAGUUUAAAAGAAAAAAAAAAAAAUCUGUCAUUUAUACUGUGAGACACCAUAUCAAGAAUGUAACUAAAUGAUUUAUUUCUGAAUUGAUAAAGUGUUUAUCAUUCCUGCUGCUAUGUGGAACUGAAAGGAAGUUAAACUGAAGAAAUGAAGAGGUUUUUUUUGUUUUGUUUUUUUAAUCCACAGGCAGAUAAAUCUUUCAAGUGUGUAACUGGAUACCUGAGCAUGGAUCUUUCCUGACCUCUAGUGGUACCUUUUGAGAACUACAUUCCUUCUUAGGUUUGAUUUUUAAAUCUUGUAUAUUAUGAUAUAUGAUAUUUGUUCGAUUUAUUUAUGUUUUUUAUAUUUUUCCGACAUUUUAUUUUAUAUCGUGCAUUGUUUUUUUUUAGUUAGGCUUGACAGAAUGAGAAAUGAGGUGGAAGUUUAAAUCAGCUUCUGGUGUGCUAGAGUUCGCCUGACACUUUAUAUACCAUUUACCAGCACCUUUCUUUAAAACAAUCAUUUUUAGUAUUUUGUAAUGAACUGACAUUCCUUCAUUGUUUGGCCCUCGAAGCGUGGCCGCAUUUAAUAGCUUUCUAUGUCUUCUUGUAUCUGUGUUAAUCUUAAAGACUGAUAAAGGAAAACCUACGGUGGAGGAGUAAAUUCCCAAACAGCUAGGAUUGGACGUCCUGCCUGAGCUCAGAUCUGCACAGCGCUUUCCACUUAGUAUCGAAAGGGAACGGAAAAGCUUGUAUUUACUGUAUUUUUUUGUGUAGGACACACACACCAGCCUCAAAUUCCCUAAUCACACAUCAGUUGUUUUUGUCAUGUUUAGUUUUUCCCAUGAGCAGGUGCAAAAGACUAUCGUGAUACGGAUCCAGCUUUGGUCAAAGCGGUCCAGUCAUUCAGUCCAUUGUGGACCGGUUUAUUAUGAGAUAUGCUAGAGGAGAUAUCCAACUGUUGACAUACUAAUGUAAGCCAACAUUAAAAGCAUUUAUACUUUAUGAUACGUUAUGUGUGCACUGUACCGUAUGUAUCUGUUUUAUGUGCACAAAUUUGCAUUAAAUGUUUUUCUAAGGUUCAAAGAGAAAACUAAA